AUGCGCUUCACCACAGCAUUCGCACUUCUCAUUGCCGCGGCGAUACCAUCUGUGCUCGCGCUGCCCGCGCCCGCACCUGCACCACAAUCGAUCGACCGCCCAGUCAUUGAGCAUGAGCACCCACACCUUACCGUGCGCUACGCCACGUCGGGCUUCAGGAAGCGUCAGGAUGGAGGUAACGCUCGCUCGGGGAACUCUGGCGACGUCUCAGGCGGCGAUGUCAUCAACGAAGGCGACGGCGACGGCACGAUAACGAACGACGACAGUUCGACUGGCGGUGUCGGAGGCACUACCUCCUCAGGCAACGCUAUAGGUGGCGCUGGUUACGGUUUCGGAAACGGCGGAGACGCAGAGACGGGCAACGCAGGUGACGCGUUCGGUGGCAGCGUCGUCAACAGUGGCGGGAAUGUCGACAACACGGGUGGAGGCAGCACCGGAGGAACAGGUGGGACGAGCACUAGUGGAACAGCAGUGGGAGGCGACGCUGGAAAUGGUUAUGAUGACUUUAACGACUACGAAGGUUUUGACUAA